CUUUGAAGUUUUUGAAGUUUGUCUUAUUAAAAGGGGAAAAAAAUGACGACUUCGUCUAUUAGACGGCAAAUGAAAAACAUUGUGAACAAUUAUUCAGAGGCUGAAAUAAAAGUUCGGGAAGCAACUUCCAAUGACCCCUGGGGUCCUUCUAGUUCCUUAAUGACUGAAAUAGCAGAUCUGACUUACAAUGUGGUAGCCUUUUCUGAAAUUAUGAGCAUGAUCUGGAAACGGCUGAAUGACCAUGGCAAAAACUGGCGGCAUGUGUAUAAGGCCCUUACUCUGUUAGAUUACCUGAUUAAAACAGGCUCUGAGAGGGUGGCACAGCAAUGUAAAGAGAAUAUUUUUGCUAUUCAAACACUGAAGGACUUCCAGUAUAUCGAUCGAGAUGGUAAGGACCAGGGCAUCAAUGUAAGGGAGAAGUCCAAGCAGCUGGUGUCUCUUCUGAAGGAUGAUGAGCGACUCAAGACAGAGAGGGCCCAAGCCCUGAAGACCAAAGAGCGUAUGGCUCAGGUGGCCACUGGAGUUGGUAGUAACCAGAUCACAUUUGGCCGAGGUUCCAGUCAGCCUAAUCUAUCCACUAGCUAUUCAGAGCAAGAAUAUGGCAAAUCUGGAGGCUCUCCUGCAUCUUACCAUGGCUCGUCUACAUCCCCUCGAGUUUCUUCAGAGCUAGAGCAAGCACGACCUCAGACAAGUGGAGAGGAAGAGCUCCAACUGCAGCUUGCAUUAGCAAUGAGCAGAGAAGUUGCAGAGCAGGAGGAGCGCCUCCGACGCGGAGAUGAUCUGAGAUUACAGAUGGCUCUGGAGGAGAGUCGCAGAGACACAAUUAAAAUCCCCAAAAAGAAGGAGUGUAGUCCUCUUUAUUAAAGCUUAAAAAACAUUUCUUCCCCACAGCACACAACUUUGUUGGAUCUCAUGGAUGCACUGCCCUCAUCAGCACCAGCCCCUCAGAAAACCGAAACCUGGGGACCCACAGCUGGAGCAAACCAAACAGACCCCUGGGGAGGAUCUGCAGCUACAGCUACCACCUCUGACCCAUGGCAAUCAUUUGGUGCCAAGCCAGCUACUUCUGUUGAUCCAUGGGGAGCACCAACUGGAUCCACUACUCAGUCUCUCUCCAAAAAUGUAGACCCGUGGGCUCCUUCUCAGUCAUCCUCUGUAGCAACAAAAGCUACUGUAGAUCCGUGGGGACCAGCAGCUGCAAACAAACCUAUUUCCACUUCUGGAAGCACAUCGUUCGACCUUUUCAGUAAUUUGAAUGGUACAGUUAAAGAUGACUUUUCUGAAUUUGACAACCUUCGAAAUUCCAAAAAAACAGCCGAGUCGGGUUCCACUUUGUCAUCCCAGCAUAGUGGUACAACAAGUCCUGAUCUCUUUGAUUCUCAGUCCACGAACAUGACAUCAAGCAAACAAAGUGCAGCUCGGAAAACCCCAGAGUCUUUCUUGGGGCCCAAUGCAGCUUUGGUGAAUUUGGAUUCAUUGGUGUCUAAGCCACCACAGCCUGUUCCGUCAUUGAAUCCGUUCUUAGCUCCAGGGACAGCUACAGCACCAACUCCAAUCAACCCCUUCCAAGUGAAUCAGCCCCAGCCCCUCACACUAAAUCAGAUGAGAGCAAGUCCCGUGAUGGGCACAAGUCCUUCUUUUAAUGCUGUGCCAGCAAUGAGCAUGGAGCCAAUACCUCUGUCUUCCAUGGCACCAGUGGCUGUGGGAAUGGCGCCGUUACCAGCUAUGGGCACCAUGGCAUCUAUCACUCGAAUGGGCCAGGGGAUGAACAUGAGCAUUGCAGGAUCAAUGACCCAGCCUCUUCAUAGUACGGGAAUCCCUCCAUCGGCAUCCCAGCCCACAAAUACAACUAACCCUUUCCUCCUAUAA